GGGCUGGACCAGGUGCAGGAGGCUCGUUCCGACUGUUCCUAAUGGCUGCAGGGAUAAGGAGAAGCAGUAGGCUUUGGGCAGGUGCCAGUACCCUGUGCUGGGUGGAUGUUCUCAUGUAUGAUCUCACACCUGCUGGCACAGGGAUGGGGCUUUCAUCUCUCGGACUAGGAAGUUGCUCAAAGUGUUGUAGCUUGUCCUGUGUCGAGUUCCUGUGAAAAUUAAACUGGCAUAGAAGAAAGGUGAGAUAAGGGGGGCAGAGGGACCUGGGUGUUUUAUCACCAAGGCAACAAGGACUUCCAGGGAAAGGUGCUGAGGAAACAGGAGCUGCUGAACAGCGCGGAUGUGACGGUCCCGGACCGGCCGCUGUCCCCGCCGCUCACGGCCCCACCGACCAUGAAGUCAGCAGAAUUCUUCGAAAUGCUGGAAAAAAUGCAGGCACCAAAACUGGAAGAACAGAAGUCUGGAAGCCAAAAGCACAAGGAAGACUACAUCCCAUACCCCAGCAUCGAUGAGAUCCUGGAGAAGGGCAGCCCAUACCCGCUGAUCAUCCUGCCCCAGUUUGGGGGGUACUGGAUAGAAGACCCCGAAAACCUUGGCACGCCCACCUCAUCUGACAGCAGCAUCUGCGAGGAGGAGGAGGAAAACCUGAGCCCCAGCACCUAUGGCUACAAGCUGGAGUGCAAGGGGGAGGCCAGAGCCUACCGCAAGCAUUUCCUGGGCAAGGAUCAUUUAAAUUUCUACUGUACAGCCAGCAGCCUCGGAAAUCUGAUCCUGUCUGUUAAGUGCGAGGAGACAGAUGGCACAGAGUAUUUAAGGGUUAUACUCAGGUCCAAAGUGAAGACACUGCACGAAAGGAUUCCACUGGCAGGAUUCAGCAAACUCCCCAGUAUCCCCCAGAUUGCAAAGGCUUUCUGUGACGAUGCCUCUGGGCUGAAGUUCAACCCGGUUCUCUACCCCAAGGCAUCCCAGAUGAUAGUGUCUUAUGAUGAGCACGAGGUCAACAACACGUUCAAGUUUGGUGUGAUCUAUCAGAAGUUCAGGCAGACCCAAGAGGAGGAGCUGUUUGGCAAUAAUGAAGAGAGCACUGCCUUCAAGAACUUCCUAAGUUUUCUGGGAGACACCAUAACUCUCCAGGACUUCAAAGGUUUUCGAGGAGGCCUGGAUGUCAGCCACGGGCAGACGGGAGCCGAGUCUGUGUACACGGUGUUCAGGGACAGGGAGAUAAUGUUUCAUGUCUCUACAAAGCUGCCUUUUACUGAAGGAGACACACAGCAACUCCAGAGGAAGAGGCACAUUGGCAAUGACAUCGUGGCAAUUAUCUUCCAAGAGGAGAACACACCAUUUGUCCCAGACAUGAUUGCCUCCAACUUCCUGCACGCCUACAUUGUGGUGCAGGUGGAAAACCCCGAGGGGGACAACACAGCAUACAAGGUGUCAGUCACAGCCCGGGAAGACGUUCCCUCCUUUGGUCCACCCCUGCCAAGCCCACCAGUGUUCCAGAAGAGCCCCGAGUUCCGGGAGUUCCUGCUCACCAAGCUCAUCAAUGCUGAGAACGCCUGCUGCAAGUCCGACAAGUUUGCCAAGCUGGAGGAUCGCACACGGGCUGCCCUGCUGGACAACCUCCACGACGAGCUGCACGGGCACACCCAGACCAUGCUGGGGCUCGGGCCCGAGGAGGACAAGCUGGAGAAUGGGGGACAUGGAGGAUUCCUGGAGUCCUUCAAGAGAGCCAUCCGCGUGCGCAGCCACUCCAUGGAGACCAUGGUGGGCAGCCAGAAGAGGCACCACGGGGGUGGCAUCCCAGGCAGCCUCAGCGGGGGCAUUGCACACAACAGCGGCGAGGUCACCAAGACCACCUUCUCGCCCCCUGUCCCCGCUGCUGCUGCCAAGAACCAGUCCAGGAGCCCCAUCAAGCGCCGCUCAGGGCUGUUCCCUCGCCUGCCCACGACCUCAGAGAGCCAGGCCGAGAGCAGGACCAGGUGUGACAGCGUUUCUGGAGCCCAGAAGACACCAGACUUAGGACAUUCUUCCCAAGAGAUGAAAUCUGAAACAUCAUCCAACCCCAGCUCCCCUGAAAUAUGCCCCAACAAAGACAGGCCUUUGAUGAAGCUGAAAGAGAACGGGCGGUCGAACAUCUCCCGUUCCUCCUCCAGCACCAGCAGCUUCAGCAGCACGGCGGGGGAGAGCGAGACCCUGGAGGAGUACGACAGCGUGGGGAGCCAGCCCUCCACGGCGUCGCCCUUCAAGCAGGACGUGUUUGUGUACAGCGCUUCCCCCGGCAGCGAGAGCCCCGGCGUGGGCUCCACGGCCACCCCUGUCAUCAUGAGCAGGAGCCCCACGGCAGAUCUAAAGAACAGAAACUCUCCGAGGUCCAACCUGAAGUUUCGCUUUGACAAGCUCAGCCACGGCAGCUCCAGCAUGAGCCACUAGCAGGAGGAAGUCAUGGACCCGCAGAAUGUUUCAACAAAGGGAAAAAUCUUCAACACCCCAUGGGACCACGCAAGCCCAGCCAUGGGCAGCGAGGUGCCCUCGCCUGCUGGCUGCCUGCUACACCAGAAAAGAGCUCUCACCUUGCUACAGUGCUGUCCUGGCAGGGAGCAGCACCUCGUCACCGGCUGUCCCCCUGCCCGGCACACGCCCUGUGUGCCCGAGGGGACGUGUCUCUGCCCGUGCUGCACACACACACAUGGCCAGGGCCACGUCCCCUCCUGGUGCUGUGCUGGCUCACCCUGUGCUUGCCCACAUUCCCCCUGCCCCUGGGCUGCCUGGCAGCUCCUUCUGGGCAGAGGGGCAGCAGGAGAGACCUCUGCGUAGUUUAGGUCCCUCCGUGCUUAAUUUGCAGUUAUCAGUGGGAAACAGGGGUUUAUGUUUGUUUUUUGAAGGGUGGGGGGUCAGGCCAAAGUUAGUGUUAGUGGCUCUGGGGCAAUUUGCAAUCGUUUGCUGUUCUCUUCUCUGGGGGCAGUGGAGCAAAACCUCCCUGGGGGUGUCCUGGGCAGCUCUCCCUGGAGUGGGGUCUGCAGUGUCUCUCCAGGCAUCCCCAGCUCCUACCUACACCCCAAAACCCUUGGGGCAGAGGCAGCCCCUCACUCCAAACCUCCCCAGUUUCUUGCACAAGAGGCAGGUGAGUGGCUUGGCCAGGGAGUGGAGCUGGGGACUGCAGGCAGCUCAUCCUCCUUGGCAGGUUUGUCCUCCCUGCUUUGUCCCUGUCUGACACUGAGCACAGCCUGGCAACGCUGACCCAGAGCUAAAGCUGGGCUGUAUCACAGCUUUAGCUUUUCUAAGUACUAGAACUGGAACCAGAGGGCAUUUACCUGCUGGGCUCUGCUUUGCCCUAUGGCUUGGGUCACCAGGCAAGCAAAUGCAUAAAACUGCAGUGACUUGUGAGGCAUUAGGCUGCUCCAGCCCUUGCAGAGUCUGUCCUGCUGCUUUUGAGCAAGCUCUUGUUAUUCUGAAAGGAUUAUAGAUUCUGCAAAGGUAACUUUCUCAUAAUGCCCUUUCCCAGAAAAUACCUCUCUCAAUAUGCCAAGAAAUCCUUUUGCUCCUUUAUGGAACUUCAUGUGAAGUUUUCUGAAGCCUGUCCGUAGAUUUCCCAUUGCCCAUGGAUUUCCCGUAGCCGUUUUCUGGAAGACAGGCCACGAUGCUGCAGAGAUAUUCCCCCCUGUCCCCACAGCCUGUGACCUUUGGAAACCCUCAUGAAACGAGGUUCUCAGUCUCAAGUGAACACAGUUCUUUGAGUUUGUGAUUCCUACUGAAAACAGGGCUUUGAGUGCCAAAGUCACUUUCCCCCAGAGGGUGCUCCCAGGGGCACAGGGCACCUGACAGCUUUUGGAGGGGGGUGCAGAAUUG